AUGGUUGCUCCCUCCUCCACUACGGCGUCGCCUGUCAAGGCCACUCUCAAGCGAAGGGCGCCAAAAGAGCCAGCUACUUCCAACAAGCCGUCACACGAGUCCGCUAGGAAUGGGUCGAACUCGAGCGAAUAUGAUUUACCACCGGAUGAUAAGGAGCUGUCCGGUUCCAGAAAGAGAGCGAAGACGGAAGACACGAAACCAUCCGUCAAGAAGCCACUUCGCAAUGAUACAACAAGCAAGAACAAAACCACCGGCAAAAGAGCCCCCGUGCAGAAGGUGGCCCCCAAGAAGAGGUCAACUGCGGUUAUUGUGCAAACAUCUACCAAAAACGACGAGGCAACGGCAGCGUCGAUCCGGACGAGACGCACUACGAAGCGGCCGAAGUAUGUGGAAGACUCCAGCGACAGCGAGGACGAGACCUCACAUAACCCUUCGCCAAAGGAGACAGCCUGGAAUGGGAGAAGAUCAGAUGCUAUGCCUCAGGAGCUGGCCGAUGGUUCUUAUCCACUGAGCAAGGAAGCUCUGGAAAAUGUGCUUCAAGUCUCGCAAGUUGACUUUGAAUCAUAUCUCGAGGAUUUUGUGCCGACUUCAGCCUUGAAUCCACAAAAUAACUGUAUCGAAACACCUGUUGCCGCCGACACCAUCACUACCCCGAAACGUUCGCCGAUGCGCCCUAGCGAAGGACCCAUUCCUCCCGUCAGCGAGAAAUUGGUUCGAAAGACAGCAAUUGUGCAUUUCGACCCACAGGGCCCUAAAAAUCAAGCUGUGCCGCCGCGACCUACUGUGGAAGAUGAGCCUGAGAGCCAUUCCCUAGUAGAUGAAAAUGGGCAGACUCACGAUGUGGCGGGUGAGGAGUCAUUCCGUUCUGUUGGCCUCGAAUGUUCUGCAGACGAUGGACCUGGUCAGGGUGAAGAUGGCGUUAAUAAAGAUGAUCAGUUUUCUGUCAUCGAGACUGGACACGGGCUUAUAACUGCACUUGGCACAAGUCCCGAGAACUCAACUCGGGACAGUAGUGUUCUUGAGGAUGGAUCCGAGCACAUUGAGACUGACGAAAGCGACGAUCCUGUCGAUGGUCCGGGUGUGCUACACAAGCCGGAGCACCCCAUCCAAGAUGUGCCUAUCGCUGUGGGACUGCGCUCGCCACCUCAUAAGGGCGAGUCUAUUACGGAUCGUGAGGCAUCUCCAAAGGUUAUAAUGCGGACUGUGCCUACGCGACGAUCCAUUUGGCUCAGCCCUGCCUUGGACGAAGAGCAUACCGUGUCUGAGAACGUCAUCAUUUCUGGGAGGGUCCCAACCAGUUUUGCUCUGGAAACAGAACCCCGCCGAGGUAAAACUCGCGACAGAGACGCCGAGCUUCGACAAAUAGCCCUGGUGGGGUUAGAAACGAUGAAAUCAACGUCCGUCUCGGGGGUUGCAGCAACAGCAGUGGACCAAACAACCGACCCGAAUCCACCUACUAGGACCUCUAAGACCUCUCGAACCUCCCUCUGGGCUUCCGAAAUGGUACCUAUGGGACCUCCACCGCCACGAAGCAUUCCACAUGGGUCUACAAUCCAUACGCGCUUGACUGAUACCACCACCACGAUUGCUUCAAAGAGGUUUCAGCUGGCCGCUGAAGAAACAGUUACGAAGCCGCGGAAGCCAGCAGUGCCGCCACCAGUGCGCGUCAAAAGGGCUGUUCCAAGUAAUCCAGUCAUGGAGGAGCCUGCUGUGCAACCCGAGGCGGAUAUACCUCCAGCAACGCCCCUGUCGUUCUGUACCCGGUUGGAAAUGAAAGCACCUGCGCUUCAUGACAGCGUACCGGAUGUUGAUGCCUGCAUGUCAACCAAGGAGAAGGUCUCAGCGCAGCAACUGGAAGACGGAAGUUUAACCCUGGUCGAUGAUCACCCGACUACGGGACAACGUACAGCGCUGUGGGCGAGAAGAGCAGGAAGAGAACGCCCCGAGCCCACUGACGAUGCGUCUUCUGUUGCAUCACCCCCACGGCGACGCAGAAACUUCCCACUCGAGGAGAAGGAGAAGUCGAAGCAGGUUCACGCUCGCGAUUCUCAGCAUGGGCUUUUGGACUCGAUUCUACAGAUAACCAACGAUGUGCUAUUUCGAUUGGCGGAGGAAGAGGACGCCGUCAAAGCAAAAGUCAAGGAACUUUAUCGUGGCGGAGACGACAUUAUCCAGACUCUGACGGACAGUUGGAACGAGCGACUAGGACACGAACAUCAAAACCUCUCUGGUUGCCUCAGCGGAGAAAAGAAGAUGCUAACAACAGCUAUGCAAGUGGUCGAGGAGCAGGAUGCGGGGCAGUGGAAAAGCAUACUUUGCAACCCGCAAGUUUCAAGAAAUACGGCCGACAAGAGGGGUGGUCUAAUCGGGCGAAUUGAGGCUCUGAGGAAGAACCGCCAGUAA